AUGGACUGCGCCGCUUCUACAAUGCCGACUAACGCAUGUUUUCCGGCUCGAAUCGAAACACAUAUCAAAUACCAGAGCUCUCAUUCGUCGGCGUUGAGCCACGACACUAUCACUACUGAGGACCGCAUGCCAUCGCCACGCCGAUGGUCGCCCACAUAUCAGCCCCGGAACAGGAGCAGGCAAUUUCCGAGCUCUUUGUCAUUCUUGCCUUCCUCGGCUCUCGCCCGGCCAGAGCAGGAGUAUACCACAAGUUUAACAAGGCGGCCCGCUACUCGCAGCCCCGUCUGUAUCUCACCUUUUCGUUCUGUGCGCAGAAUGAAAGAGCCUUUCCAGCUAGUUCUACCGAAAUCUCCGGCCUCCACGGGAGCAUCGCCGGCGACAGCUUCAUGUGAUGGUUCAUUUCCCACUUUCUUGAAAGACCCUCCUCCGCCAGCCGGUCGUAGGUUACGAACAUGGCGAUCAGAUCAGAACUUGACCGUCGCCAAUAUGUCAGCAUUUGGUCUCCUUCCGAGUCCCCCGAUCUCAGACUCGCGGCCCGCCAGUGCGGGUGUGGACUCUUCAUCGUCCUUUGAAUGCAAGAGCAACACCAACAGUGAUGAGGAUACCCCGACGCAGGGGCUUCCCGAGCAGCCUGCCAGCGAGCCUCUGAAUGAGCCUAUUCCGGUGCCUGUUGAGAAUACGGAACAAGGAUCUGUGGGACAGCUUGUCGAUGACACUUCAGACGAGCCUAUGGAGGAGCUCAUGAAAGAGCCAGAGCAGGGACCAUCGGGGGAGCCUACGCUGCCAUUCGAAAUGGAGGAAAAAAUCCAUUACAAAGCCUACCGUCCGCCUGGUUGGACACGAGCAUUGGAAGAGAGGCGAAGGACGGACGUGACAAAUGUUCACGAAGCUCACUCCAAUCUCAUUCGACAAUGUGAGGAAGCCAGUCUCAAUCAUGACAAACCGCGCGCUGCCUCUAACAGUCCUGUCAAUGGCGCCAAGAGCUCCAUCGCAUCACCACUGUCCGUGCUCAGUGCCAACGUAAUCGUCCCAGGCACCUCUCCGAGACCUCAACGGCCGCGGACGGCCACUGUCUCAAGCGAAGCCAGUUGGAUCCCCACCAACUUCUCGUAUUGUCAGACGUGGCUGCAGGGCGUACCAUUUGAAGCAGGGGAAGAUAAGGACCAGGCACCCAAAGAAUUCAAUCGUCGCAAAUUUCAGAUUGUUGAAACAGAUCCGCCAAUGCCAAAAUUGGAUUUCAUUCCUGGGUCCAAGGCCUUGGAGGAGCCUGUGGUAAGUUCUUCAGCCUGGGUUGGAUCUAAGACCAACCAUGCUCACGUGCAACUGCAGCGCUUCGCGGUCGCUUCAAAGCCCAAGCUUGUUGAAGUAACGCGGCAGUCCUCGCCCUCCAUGCCUCCGUCUACGGCUACACCCAUCCCACCACCACCACCUCUUCCAUCAUUGUUACCUCACCCUCUUCCAAUGACGCCUGAUCAUCGACAGGAAGAGGUGUCUGCUUUCAGCCCAGACACACCGCUUGACAUGUCUGACAGCGGCUAUGGUACCCGUGAAUCCAGCUACUCCAUGGAUAUCUAUUCAGACAGCAAAGAUGACGAUGCUUACACAGAUCCGGGGUCAUUGACCUCGGACAGUGUCACGUCUACCGUCGUAUGCGAGAGGCCUGAAUCUGCGCAGGGAGAGCGCGACAGGUCACCCCAACCGGAAAUCCGAUCGGGCAGUGUCAGCCCCAAAGCAUCAUCAUCCCCGAAGACUGCUUCCUCUGGCAACACAUCAAAUCCUUCAGAGAAAGAAGGGAAACGGCGACUAUUGGACCAAGAAUGGACUCUCGAUGACCACGAGUGGACCCUUGGUGAACUUAACCAUUCAGUCAAAGACUUCCCUCGCCAUAUGCUGCGAUUAACGUCUCCUGUGAUUGUUUAUCUUCGCCGAAAUGAUGAAAAGGUACUACUUCGGCCAUUUCGAACUAUUUUUCCUCAAGUUGCAGAGAAUCUUCUCGACGGUCUCUGUGCUGCGCUUAUUGCUCGCAACUAUCUUGUUUCCUUAUCUACGCUUCACCGUCGGAAACCAUCUAUCUCGACACGCGGCGAACCUUACACGGUUGAUGCCAUUCCUGCCAAGGCUUACAGCACGCUCGGUAUCCGAAUACCCACCGGGUCCCCAGGCCGGAUGAAAGACCGCGCCCUCGGUGUUCGCAGCAUGGACCUGCGCCGGCAAGUUGAAAGCAUCAUCGACAAUCUCUUAUUCGCCAUCUGCGGUCGAGCAGAUGAUACCCUCAAAUCUGCUGUCGAGGUACUCACUCAAGUAUUUGAAAGUAAUAUUCAUCACUGA